AUGUCGCAGCUGUACUACCGCAGAACGGAUAACUCCUCGUACCGGGACCGCAUUCCGCUGCGGAUAGUGCGCGCCGAGUCGGAGCUCUCGGGGCAGGAGAAGUCCUACCUCAACGCCGUGGAAAAGGGCGAUUACGCCAGCGUGAAACUAUCGCUGGAGGAGGCGGAGAUCUACUUCAAGAUCAACAUCAAUUGCAUCGAUCCCCUGGGGCGCACGGCGCUGCUCAUAGCCAUUGAGAAUGAGAACUUGGAGAUCAUCGAGCUGCUCCUCAGCUUCAAUGUGUAUGUCGGGGACGCUCUGCUCCACGCCAUCCGUAAAGAGGUGGUGGGAGCCGUGGAGCUCCUGCUGAACCACAAGAAGCCCAGUGGAGAGAAACAGGUGCCACCCAUCCUGCUCGAUAAGCAGUUCUCAGACUUCACACCUGACAUCACCCCCAUCAUCCUGGCUGCCCACACCAACAACUACGAGAUCAUCAAGAUGUUGGUGCAAAAAGGUGUGUCGGUCCCCCAGCCUCAUGAGGUGCGCUGUAACUGCAUAGAAUGUGUCUCCAGUUCGGACGUGGACAGUCUGCGGCACUCACGCUCUCGGCUGAACAUCUACAAGGCCCUGGCCAGCCCCUCUCUCAUUGCCCUAUCCAGCGAGGAUCCUUUCCUCACCGCGUUCCAACUCAGCUGGGAGCUCCAGGAACUCAGCAAAGUGGAAAACGAGUUCAAAACCGAAUACGAGGAGCUCUCCUGUCAGUGCAAAUGCUUUGCGAAGGAUCUCCUGGACCAGACCCGGUCUUCACGUGAGCUGGAGUUGAUCCUCAAUUUCCGUGAUAAUGUCAACCUGCUGCAGGAUGAAGCCAAUAAUGAGCUGGCUCGCCUGAAAUUGGCUAUCAAAUACCGCCAAAAAGAGUUUGUAGCACAGCCAAAUUGCCAGCAGCUGUUGGCCUCACGCUGGUAUGAUGAAUUUCCUGGCUGGAGGAGACGUCACUGGGCUGGCAAGUUCAUCACCUGCGUCUUCAUUGGCCUCCUAUUCCCCCUGCUCUCCCUCUGUUACCUGGUGGCACCCAAGAGCCGCUAUGGCCUCUUCAUACGCAAGCCCUUCAUCAAGUUUAUUUGCCACACUGCCUCUUAUUUGACCUUCCUCUUCCUCCUGCUGCUGGCCUCCCAGCACAUAGUCUCUAACAAUCCCGAUCGUCAAGGUCCAAAGCCCACCACGGUGGAGUGGAUGAUCCUACCCUGGGUUCUAGGAUUCAUAUGGACAGAGAUCAAGCAGAUGUGGGAUGGUGGAUUUCAAGAUUACAUGCAUGACUGGUGGAAUCUUAUGGACUUUGUGAUGAAUUCCUUGUAUCUUGCAACCAUUUCACUGAAGAUCGUUGCAUAUGUUAAGUACAGUGGUUGCAAACCCAGGGAAACCUGGGAAAUGUGGCACCCCACGCUGGUGGCUGAGGCGGUGUUUGCCAUUGCCAACAUCUUCAGCUCUCUACGCCUCAUCUCGCUUUUCACGGCCAACUCUCACCUAGGUCCUUUGCAGAUAUCAUUAGGGCGGAUGCUCCUGGACAUCCUAAAGUUCCUGUUCAUCUACUGCCUGGUGUUGCUUGCCUUUGCUAAUGGACUCAAUCAGCUUUACUUCUACUACGAGACUAGCGAUGGCAUGAGCUGCAAAGGCAUCCGCUGUGAACGUCAAAACAAUGCAUUCUCAACGCUAUUUGAGACUUUGCAGUCUUUGUUUUGGUCAAUUUUUGGGUUGAUUAGUCUGCAUGUGACCAAUGUCCAAGCUGACCACAAGUUCACCGAAUUUGUGGGCGCCACAAUGUUUGGGACAUAUAACAUCAUCUCCUUGGUGGUCCUCCUCAAUAUGCUCAUUGCCAUGAUGAACAAUUCUUAUCAACAUAUUGCUGACCAUGCUGAUAUUGAAUGGAAAUUCGCAAGAACUAAAUUAUGGAUGAGUUAUUUUGAGGAAGGAGGCACCUUGCCACCUCCCUUCAACAUUAUCCCAAGUCCCAAAUCCACAUGUUACCUGAUUACAUGGAUUAAGGUGAAUGUGUUCAAGAGAAGGUCAAAGAGGACUGAGACAUUUGGAACAAUAGGGAGAAGAGCUGCUGAAAAUGUGAGACUAAACCACCAAUACCAGGAAGUCUUGAGAAACUUAGUAAAACGAUAUGUGGCCGCCAUGAUUCGAGAUGCCAAGACUGAGGAGGGUCUCACAGAGGAGAAUUUUAAAGAGCUGAAGCAAGACAUAUCUAGCUUCCGCUAUGAAGUCAUUGGCAUGAUGAAAGGCAACCAGAAAAGCACUCGUGCGAAUAAGCCAGGCACAGCGGCCUCCGAUGGUUCUCAUCCAGAUGGUUCGCUUCGGUAUCCCUCGGCUCUUCAGCAGAACAAAAAACUACAUUUGUACGACGUCACUGCAGUGCUACAGCAACAAAACUCUGAGGAGACAAGGGAGUCUCUCGGUUGUCUGGUCAAUGGAUCGCCAGCAGUUUUGGCAGACCCUUUACUCAAAGACAAAGCCAGGAAGGACUUCCCUAAAGAUUUUACAGACUUUGGGUUGUUCCAGAAGAAACAUACCAUUCUCAACCCAAAUAAGAUCUACUCACUCGCUGAAGAGUCAAAGGAAUCAGAUACUGACAUUUUAGACUGGGUGAGAGAGGAAGCGGUUGAGAAACCUCUGUCAGGAAAGGUUGAACAGGAAGAGAAUGAAUCAAAGUGCCUGAUGGAGGAAGAGGGAAGUGUGUUGGAGGACCAAGAGAAAGAGCACAUUGCAUCUUCGCAUGAACUUUAGAUAAACAGACUUUUGUAACCAAGGACGUACUUUGUCAGAGAAGGAGCAGUAUCCUCUCUUAUGCACAAAUAUGGGACGGCUUUUGUGAGAUGAAAUUCGUCUCAGGAAAAGAGAUUUGCUUGGAUGUUUUUGGACUCAAGAAACUUCCCAGCACUACAGACUCCAAAAGUAAUCAUAAAUCUACAGGAAGAUAAAUGGAGAAAACUCGGGAAAGCACUACACCGUGUCCAUCUGACCUGUUAAAUAGUUGUAUGUUUUACAUAUUUAUCCUCACGUUUUCACUGUGCAGCAUCCUUUCACUCCUUUCAGAACAGCUUGGAAAAUAACAAUCAUGCUAUGCCCAGAAAAACUGUUAUUAAUGCCCAGAGAAACUGAUGAUGAUGAUGAUGAUGAUGAUGAUGAUGAUGAUGAUGAUUAUUAUAUAACAUAAUAUACACUACUGUUCAAAGAUGUGAAGUAAGAUUAUAAAAAAA